AUGGGCUUCCUCAAGCGCCUCCUCUCGCUCAGCAGCACCCGCCGCGGCAAGAAAAAGCGCAUCCCGCUCGAGUGCGACCCCGUCGAGUACGCCCUGCCCUACUCACAGACCCGGCAGGGCAGGCAGAACAACGAGCAUGAGGCUGCCGCAAGCCGUCUCUUACGUUCCUCCUCUGCCCACUUUGCCGUCGUCAACGAGGUCGAUUAUGCCAGCCUCCCGCCCUUGCCGCACCCCAUCAACGAUCUGCUGGCCACCCCGGGGCCGGCGAGCGCCGCGCCGUCCAUCCGCUCGACGAGCACGCAGCCCAGCUACACCGUCACCAUCAUCGGCCGCGAGGUCAUCGCGCGCACCGAGUUCCCCAACGCCAACCCGCCCAUCCCCAGCGACGCCGCGCCGACCCCCAGUAAACGCACCACCACGCCGCGCCGGCGCGUCAACCCCAAGACCGCGCCGGUCACGCCGCGCGACCAGGACCGCAUCCUGCGGCUGCGCCAGGACCCGUCCGUCGCGAGCUUGCUGAACAUGUACGACGAGGAUGGCCGCAUCAACUCGCACGCGUUCUCGAAUACCCCGCCCGAGGUAAGGGGGUGCCUCGCGGAGGGCCGGGAGCAGAUCCGCCGCACCGGGUCGACGCUGCGCCAGCUGCUCGGCAGCCCGACGCACGGCCACGAUGAAUUCGAGGGAGACAUCUCCUGGGCCGAACGUUUCCUCGGGGAGGGCAACGGCAGCACCGACUCCCUCGUCUCCGAAUCCUCGCUCGGGCUCGAGACGCCCAAAGACUUCGCCUUCACGGCCGGCGCUUCCGAUGAGAAGCUCGGCCGCCCCACGUUCCCUAACGACCACGAUCUUUCCACCACGACCGACACGUACCCGACCUUCUCCUCGCUCGAGGUCGAGCUGAGCCAGGGGACGGAGCUCAACACGUCCGUCGCCGAGUCCCUCGACAGUGUGAUCAAGACGCCGAGGCCUGCGUCGCAGGUGUUUGGCUUUUUGACCGAGAAGAAGCGCCAGCGGCAGACGGAGAGCAGGCCGGUGUCUGCGCUGUCGCUGCGUUCCACCGAUAGUUGGCCAGAUGCAGACGAUACUGCGAUACCCAUACCCGUGCAAGACGAUACCCAACCACGUAUUUUCCCGAAACAAGUUACAGAGCCGUUAGAGCCGGUCGCGUUCCCCGUUGCGUUCGAUACCCCCGCGCUCAAGACCGCCAUCAAAAAAGAACCGGAGAAUAGUAUCCGCAACCGCGUAGACCCCGAUGAGGAGAGCCCGACAGCGCGCAAGGGCGGCAAGGCGCACUCCGAGUCUCAUUUCCAGUCCCAGUCCUCGAGGCAGCCUCCCCCGAGCAGGAUACCCCGCGGCCCGCGCCCGUCCGCCAAGUCCCUCCCGAAACCUGCCAGUGGACACGAAGACACCGCAAGCCUGAGUACGAUCGCGAGCUCGAGCAGGCACGUCAAUAACGGCGGUGACGGGUUCACACCCGAACCUGUGCGGCACUACCGCGCGGGGUCGCGCAAGGUCCCGCUGAACGAUACGAAGGCGGAGCUGAGGCCGCAGCGCACGGGGUCUACAUCCACGUCCACCGCGACCUCGAGUUCUCGCGGAUAUCGCCAGCCGGCGCCGCGGACGAAGAGCUGCUUCGCGCUGGUGGUGGAGAAGGAGAACAGCCCGCCGCCCGCGACGCCGCCGAAGGAUCUGCGGUAUGCCGCCAGUCGCAGCAGACCUGCUUAUAUGGGCGGGCUGCCCGUGACGCCGGUGCGGCACCAUUCCCUCUUGAGGGUGGCGGGCGGGGAGGACCCGCCGUCGCCCGCGAGCUCGUCGGAGCUGAGCCCUGUGGCGCGGCAGAUGAUGACGAGCGUUAGGGAGAAGAGGAUGAGGGCUAGGGAGAGGGAGCGGGAGAGGGGGAAGAGUCGGAGUCGGAGUCGGUUGAGGGCUUGAUUGGCUCCCCUUGGACUUUGAUUUUGGACUUUGAGAUGAAGAUGAAGAGAUGAAAGUGUAACCUUAUUCCUUUCUUAUUCUUGUGACGAGGUGAUUGGUUUGUCGGUUUUGGAGACGAGACUGUCUAGCUUUGUUGAAUGCUCUGUCGUUACGCACAUCGUUACGCUGUAUCCGUUGCAAUGUCCCCCACCCACGUAUUGUAGAUAUCCCC